AGAAGGAGAGUGCGUGCGUGCGUGCGUGCGGGGAGCGGCAGCGGCUCCGGUGCCAGGGUGGCGCGGGGACCCCUCUCAGCGCCGUGUCGGCGCUCGCAGUCAGGCAGCGCGCGUGCGGUGCCGUGCCGGUGCGGCUGGGCGCCCCUGGGUUGAAUGCGCGCAGGCACAUCGCUGGUGCCAAACCCAACGGAGAACGAAAGUUGUGUAAGUUUCCCCGUUAGCUUGAUCAUCACUUUGGAGGAUUCCAGCACUGAGAUUUCUGGAGUUUGCUGUGUCCGGCCAUAAUGAGUUUGUCACUGGUUGCCUAUGAUGAUUCAGACUCUGAGGCAGAAACUGAAAAGACUGAAGUCCCCAAUACUCCUAGCAGACAAACCAGCCUUCUGAGUCCUUCUGUGGAUCGUGUUCAGUACUUUGCACCUGGUAGUUUGGGUACAAAAUCUACAUACGAAAUGCAGCCUACUGAUAACACUGACAGUUCUGGCACAAGCACUGUUUAUGAAGAUCCUCCUGAGCAUUAUGCACAGAAUAAUAACACUCAUUUGACGUCUCCUUAUUGUAGGAGAGCGUACUCUGGCCAUACUGCAUUAUGUAUGUCCUACAAAAACCAUGAACAGAUAUCAAGCUCUUCAACAAACUCUGGAAAUGUCGUUUCCCAGAAGAGAACACAUACAGACAGUACUACUGCCAUAAAAGGAAUUAGACCAUAUAUCCCUAAAAGAUUGCGUCAAGAAAAUUCCAGUAUGCCUGAAAAAAAGGAAUCUGAUCAGAAAAAUAGCUCAGAUUGUGAUGUUAAACUGGGUAUAUCAGGAGAGCAGACUUCGAGAAAGAUCUCUGAGUUAAUUAAGCCAUAUUUGGGAUCCAAAUAUAAAUUAACUGAAGUCCCCAAAAACUUAAUAUUUUGCAUGUCUAAACACAGCGGCCCUGUUAAUGAAAUCCAGUGGUGUCCUGUACGACAACAAAGUCACAUGCUUCUCUCAGCUUCUAUGGACAAAACAGUCAAGGUAUGGGAUGCUGUGGAUACAGGCUGCUGUUUAAAAACAUAUUCCUGUCACUCCUGUGCUGUUCGAGCUGCCCAGUGGUCAUCUUGUGGAAGAAGGAUCCUCAGUGGGGGCUUCGAUUCCAUGCUGCAUUUAACAGAUGUAGAAACAGGGAAGCAGAUAUUUAGCAGCAAAAAUGAAUUUAGAAUCAGCGCGCUGAAGUUCCACCCUACAGAAUCAAAUAUUUUCAUUUGUGGAGGGUUCAGCCCAGAAGUUAAAGCUUGGGAUAUAAGGACUUCUAAGGUGUUAAGAGUGUACAAAGCUGCAGUACAACAGACAUUGGAUAUACUCUUUCUCCCAGAAGGAAGAGAAUUUCUUACAAGCACAGAUGCAGUAAGCCGGGACUCAGCUGAUCGUACCAUUAUUGCAUGGGACUUCCAAAGUGCUGCGAAAAUCUCCAAUCAGAUUUUUCAUACCUACCUUCUUGGGACUACAGCAUCCCUGAAAUGGACAGUUUUCCCCCUCUUCUUCACUGAGCGUUACACUUGCCCAAGUCUGACUCUGCACCCAAAAGAGUCUGUGUUUGUUGCUCAGACGAAUGGGAACUACAUGGCUUUGUUUUCUGCCCAGCGACCUUACCGAAUCAACAAAAAGAAAAGAUACGAAGGACAUAAGGUGGAAGGAUUUGCAGUGGGCUGUGAAUUUUCUCCAGAUGGAACACUUUUGGUGACAGGAAGUUCAGAUGGCAAAGUGUUUUUCUACAACUAUCAUACUGCUAGGAUUAUUCGCACUUUGUCUGCACAUAAAGAAGCUUGUGUGAGUGCAAUAUUUCACCCAGUCUUGCCGUCGCUCCUUGCAACAUGUGAUUGGGCUGGAGAAAUCAAGAUCUGGCAAUAACAAGCAGAGUUACUUUUCAGAUGUCUCCUGUUCGUCUGUCAAGGGCAUAGGGAAUAAACCAUGGUAUGCAAUGUGAAAUUUUGUUGUGUUGUGUUGUGUUGGAAGCAGGAGAGACUGUUGUCUUUUCUUGUAUGACCUCUAAGUGUAUGCUGUCUUCAUGCAGUUAAGAUGGUCUUGUGGUUAGCUGCUGAGAAAAGAAGUGGUCUUACUCUCACCCUCAACCCUGGUGACAAAUUUCUGCCCCUUUUGUGUCAAUAUUCUGGUGCUCAUCUAGCCUCACCCUGGUUUGAAGAAAGUCAUUGCUCUUUUUAUGUAGCUUUUCACGGCAGCUUUUUCAAACCAGGUUUUCACUAGUUUAGCUCCCUGACCUGGUCACUGAAGGGCUAGACAAGCAAUAGUGUAGUUCAAAGCAAAACAGUUUCUACAUGCAAGAAGGGGUAAACCUGCAGGGCAGGUAGGACUGCUUCUUUUGGAAAUGGGUAGCUGUUACCAGCUCAGCUUACUGUAAAAUGUCUUCUGAGAGUUCCAGGGAAAGGUGUGCCAGAUAACUUGAAGCUAAUUUUGAAGUAAAUAAAUUUGUGUUCUUGAAAUCCUGAUGUUUAAACUUGAGUUUUAAACUUUCAUUUAUGACUGUACAUAAAC